GGAAUGGGACGCGCCCGUAACUUAACUACCGUUCAAAUAAGCGUUAGCUUAGCCUAGCUUAGCUUAGCUUGCCGGUUUCAAACAUCGUCAUGGCUCUCAGUAACAGCAUGAAGGCUGCAGUUUCGGGUUGGGGAAAGCUGCUGGUUUUAUUGUCCGCGCUGGGGUUUGUCUGUGCCUCUGGUGAGAGCGCUAAAACUGUGGACUUUAACGUGAAACCGGGAGGAGUGGUGCACUCAUUCUCCGAAAAGAUUAAAGAGUAUGAAUGCAUCUUCACCUAUGCUUCUCAAGGUGGUACCAAUGAGCAAUGGCAGAUGAGUGUGGGUCUGAGCGAUGAUGACAGACUCUUCUCUUGUUCAGUAUGGAGGCCCCAGGGGAAAUCCUACUUGUUUUUCACGCAGUUCAAAGCAGAGAUUAAAGGAGCUAAGAUUGAGUAUGCCAGUGCAUAUUCCCAGGCAGCUGUUGGAGGUCAGAAGGAUGUUCCUCUAAAGGAUGAGGAGUACGCAGUAGGUGAUACUACAGUGACCCACAAGGACGGUAAAUUCCGUGCUGAACUCUCAAAGCUGACCCUCAUUGGUCGGACGCGCCAUGAUGAGCUCUGAUUGCUUGAACCCCAACAUUCCCACUCUGCUACUGUACACAGAAGAUGGGUAGCUGAAGCUCUGGAGAGUUCUUGAAUGAAGCUCCAUCACUGAACAUCUCCUGUCUCCUGUGACAUCUGAGCAAUGGAAACCAAGCCAGAGAAAGAGAUGAAGAGACCUUCUAAAGCAAAACUCAACAAAUUGUUAAAAGACUUUUAUCAGAGACUUGUAGAAAUUGUAUCUUGCAAUAAACAUGACUGAUGAUGUAUAAGGGACAGCAUGAAGUGAUCUAGAUAUCAGAUAUCAAAGAUUAAUAUUUUCCUUGGGCUUUUCUUUUGUAUUGAAAAAUGUGUGCAUUUUUACAAAGGUAUCUUAAAAACAUGUGAUGGUUGGAUCUAUUUUCAGCUUUUUUCCCCCAAAACAAAACCACCAGUUUCCCCUCUAGCACUUCUUUCCAGUCAAGGACUGGUCUUAUAUGCUCAAAAAUGCCAUGUGGAGUACAUUUAAGGAUUGUAUUUCAACAUUAUAUAUAUCAUACAUACUGAUUCUGUCUAGGUGUCCUUUGUUCCUGGUGAGUUCUUCUUCAGCUUCUCCGGUCUCUCUCAGUCUAUCUGGGGAUGGAAAACAGUAAGAGAAUUCAUGCCAGGAUUUUACAUUAGCAGAUAUUUUUUCUUUCUUUUUUGUUUUGUUUUCACGUCCUGACUAAUGAACUGUGUAUUCAUAUUUUAAUAAAUAAAUUCACCCGUUA